GUUUCCCGCGGAAGUUUUGUUCUAAAACACAAAUUAAUUUAACACAAAUAUUAGCUCGAGAAAGAAGAAAAAGAAAGAAAUUAAACACAAAUAUUAGCGUGAGAAGAAGUUUGAGGGUUUAUAAGCAGUUUUUACAAACACAAAAUUUCGAAGAGCUGCCAUCAGCGCAUAGGCCCUCGACUACAAUACUAAAUCGUCCUGUACCUGCUCCAUGCCUAAAAAUGACAACGGCAUUCAGUUACUGUAAAUUUCAAACCACUAGCCAUCUCUACUUCGGCGAAUAAUUGUAGAUAUAAAUGUUUCGAAAUUUUCCUCCAAAAUAAAGGGGAAACGAAAACCAUUGGGUGGCGAACUCCAGCCUUGACUGCAACGUACUGCAUGCAAAUGAUGAUAGUACGCAAUGCAAUAGCUCAGCCAAUCCGUUUGCAGUAUUUGCCUUAGCAUAUAAGUAGAAUUCUACUAAAUUUGUUAUUUCUUUAGCAUUAGCAAAACUUAUUCUUCUCCGCAGUGUGAUCCUGGAGUUGGCAUGCACAUUUUAUAUGAUCACAUCUACAACAAACCAACGAAAAUUAUGCUGCUCGGAGCAGCCUUUUCACCAGUCUCUCAGCCCAUAGCCGAUACCUCGAAGUACUGGAAUCUACUUCAGGUGUCUUACGCAUCAACAUCUCCAGCUUUACAAAACCGAGAAUUGUAUCCUCGUUUCUUUCGAACAAUUUCUUCUGACUUAGCCUUCAACCCAGCACGUGCCGCAUUGUUAACAAAAUAUGGAUGGAAAAGAGUGGCCACACUGCACCAGAAUGAACCAUCGGGAAUCUUCUCACAGGCCACUAAAAAACUCCACAAGCUUCUCCAUGACAUGGAUAUUGAGAUUGUUGCAGGAGAAAGUUUCUCUGGAAAUCCAGCCAAUCAGCUAGCGAAUAUCAAGAGAAAAGAUGCGAGAAUUAUCAUCGGCAGUUUUUACGAGGAAAGUGCAAGACAUGUGUUCUGCGAGGUAUUGUUAACAUUUUUGCGNCAUGGUAGUUUAUGGCGUCAUAUUGCGCGGUCAGAUGGUGAAAGUAAACGAGUUGGUGUCUAUGACGCCAUAACGGAUUCUAUAAUGAUGAACGAGCGAGAGCCAAUCAGAUGGCAAGGCUCUGGACCCCCAAGGGACCGCACCAUUCGCGAAACGGAGCUGAAAUCAGUCUCUACAGCACUUUACGCUUUCAUGGCAGUCUUGGCUAUCAUUGGAGUCUUACUGGGAAUUGCCUUCCUCUUAAUCAACUUUCUUUAUCGUGAAAGAAGGAUAAUAAAGAUGUCUAGUCCUCGCCUUAAUAACGUAAUCGUGGUGGGCUGCAUAAUGACUUACUUCUCGGUUAUUUUGUUUGGAAUAGAUGGCGGAUUGAUAUCUACUGAGCAAUACGGAAAAGUUUGCAUUGCUCGUGCUUGGAUCAUGUCUAUUGGUUUUACUCUGGCGUUUGGCGCAAUGUUCGCUAAGACGUGGCGAGUGCAUGCAAUCUUUAAAAGCAUAACUCCCAAGAAGAAGGUCAUUCGUGAUGAACAUUUGUUUCUGAUGGUGGGGGCCUUUGUGUUGUUGGACAUUAUUCUCCUUUCCUUGUGGACUGGGAUCGAACCAAUGUAUACUGGCUAUCAGCAGUUUGACGAUAAGAUGCGAUUAGAGGACGACAGAGAAAUCAUCCCAGUCCUAGAACACUGCGAGUCUGACAACCUUUCGUAUUGGCUGGGAGCAGUGUACGCGUUUAAAGGCCUCCUGUUGGUAUUUGGUGUGUUCCUUGCGUGGGAAACACGCGCGGUUACAAUACCAGCGCUGAACGACUCACGUUAUAUAGGAAUGUCAGUUUACAAUGUUGUAAUACUCUCCAUUCUUGGCGUGGCUAUCACUUCUGUUAUUCGAAGUCACCAAGAUGCAACCUUCGCCAUUACUGCUGUGUUUAUCAUCUUCUGCACCACAUUGACUCUCUGCUUUGUGUUCGUGCCAAAGGUGACAAAACUGUGGUCUCCAGACGGUGGAAACGAAGCCAGUACAACGCGUCGAAGUAAUGCUAAUCCAGAUUCCUUGUCCACCAUGGACAAAAAUGCUGUCAGUAUGACCAUGGAAAACUCACAGCUCAAGAAACUACUAGCUGAGCGGGAACAACAUUUAAUGGAACUUAAAAGACUCUUGGAGGCCUUACCACCCGACUUAAGCGAGGAUGCAAGCUCGACUAAGAAGUUCAAGAAACGUCAGUCAUUGGUGAAAUUCAGACAAGAUGAGCAGUCAUAUACAAAUGAAAACUUUGUGUCUGACGAGGAAAUUGCUGGUAACAAGGGCCUGGGAAAAGACAGGACAAGCUCAUCAUCUGAUCGUGGUGAAAUAAGGAUUUAAAGGAACAUUGCCUAGCCAAAAAAAUUUAACCAGGCCACAGCAAACUUAAUUUUCCAUGCUUUCUGCAACACGCAAUAUAGUUUUUUUUUUUUCUGGCACGAUUGAGCCACUUUUUUGUACUAUAGCCAUCAUUUCCUUUGUGGGAUAUAACUGCACAUUAUGGGUCAUUAUCUGUAAUCAUUAUCUGUUAUCGAUGCGUCUGAGAAGCCGAUGAAUGGGCAGCAAAAAAGAGAAAAUAAGAUAAUCAACAGAUAUAGAGUCGUAUUAAAUCAAUGUUGAUACAUCCAUUACAGAAUUGUAGACCUAUACCUAAUGUACUAGCAGAAAUAUUCUUUAACAAAGGAAAUGAGAAGCGUAACUUUUACACUGAUGAAAAGAAAGUAAUCUUAACACUUCGAGCGAAUUUCUGUACUUUAUGAAAAAGAUGAUUCCUACGGUGAAGCAGACAAAUAGUAAUUGUAACUAAAACUUCAUUGAAAACAUUAAUUCAGCAUACCUCCGUCGAUUGGUUCGAUUUUGCAUUCUCAUAUAUUAUCAUUGAUAGCUUGAUUACUAUGGUUCAGUCAGAUCUUGGUUACGUAAUGAUAUAUAUCGAUAGUAUAAAACCGAUAUUGCCCUACGAACACAAUUAACUUACAAUGCUCCAAAUCUUUCUUGGACCUUCAUCUGGGUGCAAAUCAGCUGAAAUGAUUUCUAUUCUACAUCAGGAAAGCUCCUGCAUUCAUAGUACGCACACAAAAAAGCAAAAACUAGCUCUUUCUACAAUGUAAUAAAAAGAAAUUAUGUCAGUUAAAUUAGUUCUGAAAUUCAUCAGAUUGUUUAAGGCAAAUCCUCCGUAGAAAAAAAGAUGGCAACUGAUACAUUCACACAUUAUUUUUAGUUCAGUUAAAAACGUACAGAAAAGUUCUAGAAUCUUCAAACCUGGCAUAUACAAUGUCGUUAGCACAGGGACAAAUCUUGCAAAAAUAUGGCUUUCCUUGUACUUUGUGGGCUGUGUAAGGCUCGCAUGGUAUUGUGGUAAAAUGUACAGCCCCCAUCUUUUUUUUUGUUACGGAGAAUUACGUCAUUUCCUUGAUUUUCUCAAGCACUUGCUGUUGUUUGUUUAAUCAUGCCAUACUUGCUACCAUUAUCAUCUGUAUGAUACAAAGUUGACGAAAUCGUAUAUACAUUUAAAAUUAUUUCGAUAGCUUGUACCUAACUUACUAUGUGUCAACUCUUUCACGAUUCAGAGCGGAAAUGUUUUUGUUAACUUUCACAAACAAAAUCCCCGCAAAAAUCUGUGUUUACGACACUUCCGAGUAUUUUACAAGGAUUGACCGAGGUUGCGUUUUGGCACCGCUUUGGGUGUUACAUUUCCAACUAGGGCGCGUUUUAAUUUAACCUCAAAUACACAGGUUUUAUUGUCAUAUAAACAAAUUCUCUUCAGUUUGGGAAUAGGCUCAAGACCGGCCAAUUUCACUUCGCAUCAAUAACUUGAAAAAUAGACAUCUUUUAGGACUUCCCUAAACUUCCGUAGAGCGUCGAGCAGCCUCCCCGGCCAACAUCGUUAACUUAAACCGAGCAGCACUGUCUUUAGAAUCUACUGUUUACAU